AUGAGACGUUUAAAUUUGAACAUUUUCACACAUUUGCAAGGAAGAUCUGUGAUACGAGCUAAUAAUCUUACAAAACUUACAACUACUAGAUUGAUGAUGAAUUCUCUUAUUCGCAGAACAUAUGCAACAAAUUUAGAAGAGUUGGGUUCCAGUGAAAAAUUGGUAGUACCUAGUAAAAUUAUAAAUAAGAUUGAUGAUUUGAAUCUAGGUAUUUCUGAAAGAGCAGCUUCUAGGUUGGCUCAAAUAUAUAAAGAUUCCCAAGAAGUACUAAAAAUAGGCAUAGAGAGUGGAGGAUGUCACGGAUUUCAAUAUACAUUACAGUUGAUACCAGAGUCAAAAGUAGACAUUACAGCUGGCGUCAUGAAAGAACUCGAAUUGUCAGAGAAGGAAAACGAAAUUAAGGAUGAAUUCGAAGAUGGUGCUGACUCAAAACUGACCAUAUAUGAAUUAAAUGAGGACACAGGAAAAGUUAUCAUAGAUCCUAAAUCGUUGAAAAUAUUGAACAAUACGAUAUUAACAUAUACCAAAGAACUUAUUGGUUCAAGUUUUAAGAUCAGUGGCGGUAGCCUAAAGAGUAGUUGUGGCUGUGGUAGUAGUUUUGAUGUGGAGGUUUAA